AUCUUCUGAACUAAUUAUUACUAGACUAUAUUAAUUAGUGGCGAGCACCUACCGGUAUUCCGGUUAAGUCCCACCACUGACUCAUAUAUGUCGAUGUAGUCUGAAUGGCGACACACGCGUGCGGGACAUAAAAGUAGAAAGACGGCUGAUUUAGCUAACUGUUUCAUUUCGCACAACACCUAGAUGAGGUGAAAUGUCUCGGCGUUUUAAACACGCAUUGCGUCAAGCGUGAAGUUUGAGUGGACCCCUGAUGUAAUUGCGUCAAUAUAAAUUCGUAAAUCUUUUAUUUAAAUUCCCAUUGUUUUGUUUGAAUGUAAAGUAUAUACUAACAACUAUAAAUUUCACGAAGCAAAAUGAUAAUGGAUAAAUACAUUUAUCUGCUUCUCGAUACCCGUGUACAAUAUGAAAAAUGCCAGUGAAAGCUCAUAAAAAUGAUACAGUGAAAAAUAUCGAUGAAGUGUAGACAAAACAAAAACAACGUGACAGAUUUGCAUCACGACUAAAUAUUCAGUGUUAUUAUUCAUGCUUCUAUUUAAUAUGUGUUUUUGAAAUGCCUUGCCAUUUCAGCGAUAGUUCGCAUUGAGACAUUCACAGGGUCGGGAUGAUGAAGUCAACUUCUUCCUUGUCUUUGGUUAUUCUGUUCUUAUCGUUCGCAUGGAGUCGAGAAAUAUAUUCAGGAAAUGAUAUUGAUUUAAAACGCUUGCAAGGAGGAGUCUGGUUUCUCACACUUGCUGUGGACGACUCGUCCUGGACCGUAUUAUGGAAAUGUCAUGUUGUUUCAUUCUUCAACGUAACAGAGAAUACGAUGAAGUUCUACACGUACAAUAUUCCCAAGAAUAAAUCACAGAAUUCUCAUUCUGUUAUAGAAGAUUUAUACCGCGACUACCAGGGUCAAAUUUGGAAUAAUCAUCAGUUUGCGAAAAUCUGGGAGCAGCUGGAUACAGAACUAUAUCAAGAACAACCAUCUGUUAGCAUGGAAAUAAGACCUCCCUCUAAGGACGAGUCAUUGUACUACUCUCAUCCACAUACCUAUUCAACAGACUAUUCAACUUUCUUUAGUAUAUCAGCUCCAAUGGAGGAUGGUCGGAAGCUUUUAGAAAUUUUCACCAGGACGCCGACAAUAAAUGAUGACAAUCUUUCAGAGCUCAAAGCUUUUGCAGUUGAGCAAGGAAUCGAUCCAAGCACGUUAGUGACAUUCGGAUGUGGUGACCUGAUUCCAUCGGAUUAUCUAUUAGCUUAACGCCAACCCGAGCAGUCUUGUUUGUAACAAUGUACCGAAAGACUUGCAAUUGCAAAUGUAAAUGUUACUUAAGUGUUUAGUUUGCUCCAUGCAAAAUUACCCCAAUUGAAGAAUAUGAGCUAAAAUCAAUUUCGUUUUGAAAGAAAGAUCAUUUCAUAACCUGAAAAGAAAUUUUUUAAGUGGCGGCAAUAUUGUAUUUCGAAAUAUUUUUGGAGAAACUACUAAAUAUUUCUUAUUUAAAAAAAAUUUAGCAUAACUUUUUUUCGCCAUGAACAUCUUCAUUUGCGACUUUCCCAACCUGAAAAACGUGCAAAAUGAACCACUAUAUUAUACGCAGAGCCAUGUAAAUCUAGUACUUCAGCAUGUAAUAAAAAACAGUUUAAAUGUA